AUGGACAAUCAAACCGCAGUAACUGAAUUUAUCCUCUUAGGACUGUCCAGUGAUCCACAGAUACAAAAAUUCCUCUUCGUAGUUUUCCUUCUAGUUUAUCUGAUAACCCUGUUGGGCAAUUUGUCUAUCAUUGUUGUGAUAAGAACAGAUCCUCACCUUCACACUCCCAUGUAUGUCUUCCUUUCUUGUUUAGCAUGCCUUGAUCUUGCUUUUUCCUCUGUAACGGUUCCAAAAAUGCUACAUAACCUUGUUGCAGAGAGGAAGACUAUCUCCCUUCAUAACUGUCUCACGCAAGUCUUCUUUAUCAUGUGCCUUUCAGUGGGAGAAGGUUAUCUACUUGCUGUGAUGGCCUAUGAUCGGUACAUAGCCAUCUGCCACCCCUUGAAUUACACAGUGAUGAUGAACAAGCAGGUCAUUGUUUUGCUUGUGUGCGCUGCACUAUCUGUUGGCCUACUUUGUGCAGUGGUUAACACUCCUUUGCUAACAACUUUAAAGUUCUGUGCAUCCAACAUAAUCCAUCACUUCAGUUGUGAACCCCCACAAUUAUACAAGCUCUCCUGCACUGACACCUUUACAAACCAUGUGGUGAUUUUCAUCUCAGGCCUAGUUUUAGGGUCAGGAGCUCUACUGAUCACAUUUGCUUCCUAUGUUCAAAUCAUCUCUGCUGUCUUAAAAAUCAGCACUAGAGAAGGGAAACGCAAAGCCUUCUCCACAUGCUGCUCUCACCUAACUGUUGUCAUUCUGUACUAUGGAACUAUUUUCUUUCGCUACCUGAAACCCACCUCUCAGGAGUUUGAGGAUCAGGAGAUGGCCCCCUCUGUUGUUUAUGUGAUUAUCACUCCCAUGUUAAACCCCAUCAUCUACAGCCUUCGGAACCAAGAAAUGAAAAGUGCUCUGCAUAAUAUGGUGGUCAGAAGAUGUGGGAAAUGA